AUGGUCAAAACCGUCAAACCAAUAGUGCGUUUCGCAGCAGCGUCCGCAGCAGCCUCAAGCUGGUUCUUCAACAGCGAGAUCAUGGCCUACAGCAAUCAGCGGGGUGCCGCUGCUGGUGGCGGCGGUAGUGGUACCACCGCUGGCCAGAGCAGCCUUCACCACCGCAUGUGCCCCAGCAUUCCCAUCACAGCGGUAUCCUUGACCGCUCAGUUCCAUCCCAUCAACAACCCCCCUCAUUGCAACAGCAGCAGCAGCCUAGCAUCGACUCCCCUUCUCCUUUAUCCGCACCCCUUCGCACGGUUGCAGAGCAGUUCUCGAGCAAAUCAACAACUCAUCCCACACGAGAUCUACAUCAUGCACGAUACCAUCCGGCCGAUCCUCAAAACGUUCUCCUUGCGGUAUCAAAUACACAAGGGCUCCGACGAUGUCUCCUUCUCCUCCUUCACAAUCGAGGCUGAAGCUGCAUUCGUCGCCAUGGACCUCGAGCUUAUGGUGAUGAGCGAAGGUCGGUCUGACUCGUAUGAUGACUUUGGUCAUGACGACAAUGCCAAAAUUGUCACCGAGAACACAGGGGCUGCUGAUAAGAGACGUCCGAGGCACAAGAAGAACGGACAGUCUACAGUUCACAGAGGACAGUCUCGUAGUUGA